CGAAUCAGAGCGCUCUCUGGUCCACCAUCAUCCCUCCCACUUGCUCCUUCCACCACUCUGUUUCGCUCCCAGCCCGUCUCAGAAGUGUGAUGCUCUGCAGUGCUGCUCACUGAAGCCACCAGCUGUUUAUCCCCCCCGGUCGGACAAAAGCACGCAGGCAAGAGCAGCUACAUCAUCCAGCCCCGACAGCAGUUAGAUGAAUGCCUUUCCAUCAUGAUCAAUUAUCUGUUUGCGUUUGGAGUGCUGGCAGGGUUGCUGAUCCCAGCCGAGUGCGAUCUGAUAUCCGUGUGUGUUGAAGACGACAAUGACCUGAGAGUGGACUGUCUGAUUGAGCCCACGCCCAACCAGAUCAACAGCUACGAGUUCUCAUGGUCCUCUGGAACCAAAGAGUCCCUCAUUAACACCAAUGUCUCCGGUUCAGCAGCAGAGGGCCAGUUCAAAGACAAAAGCUACGUGGAGGAGCUGGAGCCUCACGGCUACAGAAUGACCCUGAACGGCUUCACAGACAGUCUCCCACACAACACCACCUACAUGUGCAAAAUAUCCGGGGAGGCUGCAAGAGUCAAUGUGAUGAAAGAUCAACUUGUCCCAUGUUCAGCUGUGAGCGUGUUUCUGAAGAGCUCCUGCUCCUGGAUCGUUUGUUUUCUGCUCUUCAUCUAUCAAACACACAGCUAAAAGAAAAGGCGUGCAAACUCGUGCUGGCUCACCCAUGUCUAACCACGCAUCUGUCAUAUAUCAAACAUCAAUUAAAAACAUGCACCCACGUUUUCAACAGCUCGCCAUUAUGUCCGUCUCUUUUUUGUUUUCCUCCCAAGAGCAUUGGAAUAGCUUUAGAAUGUUUUCAUAACUCUCUUUGACCAGGAAAGAGUGAAGAUGAUUCAAUAGAGAUGUUAAGAGAUUGAGAGCUUUUUGUUGCUGAGGAACACAUGUUUGUGUAUAAAUAAACUGAGUAACUUGUAAUGGCAAUACUACUUUUUAAGCUGCAGGAUUUGUUUUCAAUAAAGUGAUGCUAUUUAAAAAAAAAA